AUGAAGACUAUAAUCACAGCGACAUUAUGUGCUAUACUCAUACAAUCAAGGCUUUGUUUUGAUAUACAGCCAACGAGCAAUGAUCAUUCGGAUUCACCAGAAGAAAUUGCCAGGGGCCGACGCGAUGUUAUUGAAGAAGAAAAGUUCUACAAUAUUCGGUCAGACGAUAGGCAAGACACAAUGAGUCAACACACUCCUUGGCUUCCCGGUCCCCUACCCCCAGAAGAUCCCACCACCAAAAUUUCCAUCACCAACACAGCUCAAGAGAUACCCCCUAUGUAUCAAACAACUGAAAGCGUAACCGACAAACCUACAGGACGCGGGGCUAGAGCCUCGAAUGAAAAUUGGAUAAAGCUACCAUUUCCAAAUCGUGACGAUGUCCACGAUAUUCUAACCCCGCCGCAACCGUCCGGAGAGCUUAUCAAUUCUCGGAUGCCAAGAGUCAAUUUCGUGACCCAGAACAAAGCAAUUGAAGCUUCCGAGUCGAGGAAUGAUAAAGAAUCGAUACAGCGACCAACAAGGACCGAUGAUUUAAGGACCGAAUUCGUAAGGCCAGAGGAAGAAUCAACGCAGUACAAGCCCGUGUAUCCGCGGCAGGCCGUUUAUUACCCGGAAGACAACAGACGGCCCUACUACGAUGAUCGAUACCAUCCUGCUGACGAUUUAUACAGGCGUGAUACCUUCUAUGAUUUAUACGAUCGCAAGCGGUACAACCCGGGGUACGGACCGCGAGUGGACAGAUAUGAUGAAGCGUAUGAUAAUUAUGUUCCUCGGAAGCCGAAAAGGAUUAUUUACUACGCGCAUCUCCCAGAAGUUGUUAGGACGCCGCCGAGUGCUGAUUUAAGAUAUCGAUACUCCGUAGAUCCGUACAGACGCUUCGAUGAAGACUAUAGUGCUCGGGCGGGAAGGUACGACUACAGAUUUAGACCCAGGUAUCCUUAUGCACCUUUACGGAAGGAUGACAGGAAAUACGGUUACAGGGAUUUGGCCAGCUCAAGUUCUAGUAUUAAAGACAAGAAAGUUGAUGAAAAGGUAACUCCCACACCUGUGCUUCCUCAAAAGGACGAUAAAUUUAAAACUGGCGCUCCUCCCAACAGAAAUUCCAAUAGGAACACGAUAAAUAGUCAUCAGUAUCAUGAAGCUGCUGAGAAUUACAAUGAUCUAUCACACAAAGCUUUCUUGGAUCAAAAAAAUCCAAAUGACAGUUAUCUCAGAUUUGACGAACCUUUAUUCCAUAGCGCCAUUGAAGAUCCGUACCAAAGAAAAUACUAA